AUGGAGUGCCCCGCUGAAGGCCACAUGGCCAAGAAGUGGUGGAGCUGGAGGCAGAUGCCAGUUUGCUACAUCUCGGCCUUGGUCUUGUCUUGCUCACUCACCUUCCUGGUCCUGAUCCGUUCGCUGGUGACACACAGGGCCAACCUUCAAGCUCUGCACCGAGGAGCUGCCCUGGACCUGGGUCCCCCACCCCAAGGCCCUCCCGCCUCCCGCCAAGCCAUAUUCUGUUGGCUGAGCUUCAGUGCCUACCAGACUGCCUUCACCUGCCUUGGGCUCCUGGUGCAGCAGAUCAUCUUCUUCCUGGGAACUACAGCCCUAGCCUUCCUGGUGUUCAUGCCUGUGUUCCAUGGCAGGAACCUUCUGCUGUUACGAUCCUUGGAGUCCUCGUGGCCCUUCUGGCUGACUUUGGCCCUGGUUGUGACCCUGCAGAACAUGGCAGCCCAGUGGGUCUUCCUGGAGACCCAACAUGGACGCCCAGAGCUGACCAACCGGCGAGUGCUGUACGCAACCACCUUUCUCCUCUUCCCCCUCAACGUGCUGGUGGGUGCCAUGGUGGCCGCCUGGCGAGUGCUCCUCUCUGCCCUCUACAAUGCCGUUCACCUUGGCCAGACUGACCUCAGCCUGCUGCCACCAAGAGCCGCCACUCUUGACCCGGGAUACCACACAUACCGAAACUUCUUGAAGAUUGAAGUCAGCCAGUCGCAUCCAGCCAUGACAGCCUUCUGCAACCUGCUCCUGCAAGCGCGGAGCCCCCUGCCCUGGUCCCCGGCAGCCCCCCAGGACGGCCUCAGACCGGGAGAGGAAGAAGGGAUGCAGUUGCUGCAGACAAAGAACACCAUGGCCAAGGGAGCAGGGUCUAGGGCUAGCCGCGCCAGGGCCCGCUGGGGUCUGGCCUACACGCUGCUGCACAACCCGGCCCUGCAGGCCUUCCGGAAGACGGCCCAGUCAGGUGCCCAGGCCAAGGGCACCCAGUCCUGAGGACCGGAAGGGCCUUCUGUGUUGAGGCACAUUCCCGCCUACCAUCUACUUCCUUCUCAGCUCUCCCUGCCAUGGCAGCCCUCCUCUCAGCACCCACUCUGCCAGCAGGUCCCCUGGGACCA